AUGUCGUCGCAGAGAAAGUCCCCACCGGCGUACGUUUCCAACGGACAGGCUCUUUCAAGCCCCCCGUUGUCCGUUCGCCUCAACCGCUUCACUGAGAACGUAUACCUCUUCUUGGGCCUCUAUUUCGUGAGCCUCUUCGCGUUUGACUCCUACGCCUCCGCCCAGGGCUCACAGUACAACAUCCACAACCGAAAUACCGCAUCUAGCUCUUCAUCUGGCUGGGGUGCGCGUACCAGCUCCUCCAGUUCAAAUAUUCGUCGUGGAGGCAAUGGGGGCGGAGGCCCACGCGUCGGCCGGGUAGACGAUGUCCGAGGGCCCGAGUGCAAGAGCUGCAGCUGA